AUGGAGUUUUCCGAGCACAUCAAGAAUGCCAAUGUGGAGGAUGUUGUGCUCCGACAGCCGCUCCAGCCGCCGGUCAGAGGCACCCUGUGCAUCACCGGACACCACCUGCUCUUCUCGGACAGGGAGGACUCCUCCAGCCAGCUCCUGCUGCUCCUCAGGAAUAUUGAUGCUGUUGAAAAGAGUGUGGAAAACCUUUCGGGCUACCCUGGCUUCCUGUCUAAGGCAGGCCACAGUGAAAGAACGACUGGAUCUUCUGGAACAAUUACCAUCAAGUGCAAAGAUCUGCGGGUGCUUCAGCUUGACAUUCCGGGCAUGGAGCAGUGUCUGAACAUCGCACACUCCAUUGAGACCCUGUCUUGUCUGGACAACGUGUCGGAGAUGUAUCCCUUCUUUUACCGGCCUGCAGACCUCCGGCUGCAGGAGCACUGGGGCCUCUCAACGCCUGCAAAACAUUACAGCCAAAUGAAGGCGCUUCACAAGAAGUGGCGGUUGAGCAGCGUGAACGUGGACUACUCCGUGUGUCCUUCCUACCCUCCUGCCGUUAUCGUUCCAACAAGCAUCGACGAUGAAACACUGAAGAAGGCGGCCAAAUUCAGACAGGGUGGCCGCUUCCCUGUCCUGUGCUACUACCACCAAAAAAACGGCAUGGUGAUCAUGCGCAGCAGUCAGCCGCUGGUAGGCGCCAACAAGAAGCGCUGCAAAGAAGACGAGCUCCUCCUGCAGGCUGUGAUCGAUGGAUCGGACAAAGGUUAUGUUAUUGACACCCGCUCCAGUCAGCAGGUUCAACGGGCUCGCAUGACAGGGGGAGGAUUCGAGUCCAAGUCAAGCUACGACCACUGGAAAAGACUGCACAAGCAAAUGGAAAGAGGUAAAGCACUGCAGGAGAGUCUGAUUAAACUGGUGGAGGCCUGCGGGGACGAGUCUCACAACAUGGACCGCUGGCUCAGUAAGCUGGAGAAUUCAAAAUGGCUGUCUCAUGUCCAGACUGCUCUGUCAACUGCUGGUCUGCUGGCAGAGUGUGUAGAGAGGGACGGCCAUUCAGCUUUGGUUCAUGGCUACGAAGGGACAGACUGUUCCUUGCUCAUCAGCACUCUGGCUCAGCUCAUCAUGGACCCCAGCUGCCGCACGCUGGAGGGCUUCCUGGCUCUGCUGGAGCGGGAGUGGAUACAAGCAGGACACCCGUUCCAGCAGCGAUGUGCGCACUCGGCCUACUCCCACGCUCGUCUCCAGCAGGAGUCACCGGUCUUCCUGCUCCUGCUGGACUGUAUAUGGCAGCUGUGGCGUCAGUUCCCCCUGGCGCUGGGUUUCUCUGAGGGGCUGCUCCUUCAACUAGCCACCGAAGCUUAUGCUUCUGACUACGGCACCUUUCUGUGUAACAGUGACCAGGAAAGGUGUGCUCUGGGAGUUAAGGAUGCCACUCACUGUUUGUUCCAAAACCUGCUCAGACCCACCGAAAGAGAGAACUAUUUAAACCCUUUGUAUGAGCCCAAUGAGCUAGCCAUUUGGCCCUCAGUCCAUCCACAGUCCCUGCAGCUCUGGAGAGGGUUUUUUCUGAAAUGGACCCAGCAGGCUCGUCACCUGGAGGAAGUUCAGGGAGAAAUAAGGAACAUGGUGAUUGAAUGGGUUAGGGUGACUCAAGGUGACGCUGCGACGAUUCAGUGA